AGUUAAAAUUGAGCUCAGUUGUAGCGAUAUCGUCUUGAAAGGUGGUAACAGUUGUACAAAUAAUAUAGAUAGCUGAUUCUAAAAAUGUUGACUCAAUUUAAUGGCAACCUGUCGUGUACCGUUGAGGCGGGGCAAAUAUUCGUCAUCGCUGCCAGGCCUAUUGAUGAUGCGGAAAGAGUUAACAUCAACUUCCAAUCCGGAAAAUCUGAUGAGGCUGACAUCAUUCUUCAUCUUUCCAUCCGGUUCCACGAUGACAUAAUUGUUCGGAAUUCAAAAAUCGAAGGAAAUUGGGGUGAUGAAGAACGUGACGAAAACUUGAAUGAACUAACAGCUCCUAACCCGGUAACUCCAGGAGAAAUCUUCAAAAUUUACAUUUUGAUGGGAGAUGACAGAUUCCAUAUUGCCAUCAAUGGGCACCCAUACUGCACGUAUCGAUUCCGUGGUCCACUGUCGGAGAUCCGCAGCAUUAUGUUAAUGAAGGAUGUUCAACAAAUUGUGCAAAUUGAUCACCGACAAGCUUUCCCCACACCGUUCCCAGCCAUUCAGUUUGACGAACCAUUCAACUCGUUUACCAAUGAUGUACCAAAGCCGUUUUUACCAGGACACGUCAUCGUUAUCACUGCCAUUCCAUUUGGAAAUCCACGGGGCCGGUUCAUCAUCCGAUUCACUGAGAAUGGUUCUAAACGGCAAGCACUGCACUUUAAUCCACGCUUCGAUCCGAGUUACGUCGUUGUCCGCAACUCUCACACUGAGUUACUAGAGUUCCGUCGGGAAGAGGAGAUCAGUGGAGGUUUCCCUUUCGUACUAGAUCAGCAAUUUAAGUUUGCGAUUGGACUCACCGAGAACGAGUUCAAGUUCGCAGUUAAUGGCAGUUAUUUCGAAUCAUAUGCAUUCCGCAACGUAAAUCAGUUGGACGUGUUGAAUGGAUUCAAAGUUCAGUGCGUCAAUGGAAUGCAACUGGAAAUCACCAAUGUGGAUCACAUGAACAUGGGAGUUCCGGACUGUGAAGGAUUCGAAAGCUACUCACACCCGGAAGUGGAAAUUUUCUAACGGGCAACUAAUAGCAAAUUCAUGGAUAAUAGUCGUUUGAGUAUUGAGAAA